AUGAUCAAAGGAGGAGGAGGAAAAUCUUCUGGUUACUCGGCAGAUCUGAUGGUUUGUUUCCCUUCAAGAACACACUUGUCUCUACCUUCUAAAUCCAUUUGUAGCCCUUCUCCUUCCUUUAACCGCCGUCAAAAUGCUCCUCCUCACCACCGUCGCAGCGUCAGUAAGCUCUCCGGCGUUCGUCAGAGUUGCGGAGGGGAGAUAGCAGAAGAGCCUACGUCGCCGAAAGUCACGUGUGCCGGUCAGAUCAAAGUAGGGCCGAGUAAGGGUGGAGGAGGCAAGAAUUGGCAGUCGUUAAUGGCGGAGAUGGAGAAGAUACAUAGAAGCAAGUCGGAGAGCAAGUUCUUUGGGAUCAAGAAGGAUGUUAUGGGAUUUAUCACUUGUCUCCGCGAUCUCCGGUUUGAUUUCCAGUGUUUUGGCGCGUUUCCUCCUGUAGAUGUAAUCUCAGAUGAUGAAGAAGAAGAGGACGACGAAGAGGAAGAAGAAGACGACGAAGCUUCCGGGACAGUUUUCUCAAAAUGGUUUAUGGUUCUACACGAAAAGCAAAACAGUGAAGAGUGUGUGGGCGAAAAGGAAAACGCGUUUUUAGAUGCGGAAACAGCGGUUCCGCCGCCAAACGCGUUGUUGCUGAUGCGGUGCAGAUCUGCGCCGGUUAAGAACUGGUUAGAGUUAGAGGAGGAGGAGAAGAAAGUAGAAACAGAGGAAGAAAACAGAGGAUGUGAAGACUUUGAGAAGCAGAGCGGAGAGGAAGAGAAGGAGACAGUGAGAAAGAAGAAAGAUUUGAGAUCAUUGAUGGAGGAAGAGAAGAAGACGAAUAAUGUGGUGGUGAUGAGUUACGACACGAACUACUACAAACUCUCUGCAGACAUCGCCAAGGAGACUUGGGUUGUCGGUGGCAUUCAAGAUCCUCUGUUUCGAAGUCGAAGCUGGAAGAAAUAA